GGACAGGCCAAUAAAAUCGGAGUGCGGCAGCUUGCAGCUCGGAGUAGAGCGUGUUGCGUAACCGUACUGCAGGUCCCCGGCAGCAGUUAGUCAAUCAGUCAGUGUCGGUCCACCUCCACUCAUCGAUACAUCUCUUCACAAUGGCAGCUCCCAAGAAAGUCUGCAUCGUUGGCUCUGGAAAUUGGCAAGUUUGUGUGUCGUUAUAUUGAGUCUUUGUCUGGGCUACAUUUUCAUCUCUUUAAGACUGCGUGUCAAGCCGGUAUCUCGUUGCUAGCCAUCAGCCUGCUAAUGUUAACUAGCUGCGUUUUCAUUAACACCACCUUCUAACAAUGUAUGCCGUUAUCUCCUUAUAUAUCCAAUCUAAACCUUAAUUAGAGUCAUAACCGUGUUGCUAGGAAACUGUCUGAGUAAUAUACGGAAACCUCGCCACAUGUCAGUCACGACUCUUCGGGUUUUGUGGUCAUGUUGGCCACCAUGUCUCAGCAACAUGUUGCCUCACUUUCAUUAGCACAUUAAAAGUGGAAAAACAAGUUAUUUUACCGGGUUGCAAGAAUGGGCACGGCUUUACAUUUUUGCAUAUAGAAGCCGGUUUCCACCUGUCGAAACCGAGAACCAAAUUCCAUUCAUCAGGCGAGAACUUUAAGGGGUUUCGUGUUUACUCUAAAAUCCCACAGGGGUUUAACAAUCCUUCAAUCAGUGCAUGAGUCUUAUCAGGUCCAUAUGUUAAUUCGGCUUAUAAAUCUGGUUUAUAAAUCGAAUUAGACUUAUUCCCUGAUGUACUACUUCUGCUUCACUUUACUGGUGCCCAAAAGCUGUGUUUUACUGUUGGAUUUAUUUGUUUGUUUCAGCAAAAUCAUAUAAAUCUUGAUUUGAAGUGAACAAACGAUCUGAAAACUUAUGAGAGGAGUUUGAACUGGGAUUGUCUGCAGGAUUGCACCUGUUGCUGGAGAGGAAUCAAAGCACAGCUGCAACCAACAAACUUUGAUAAUCCAAGAUAUCCAUGAUCCUUUUGUCCAUACUAGAAGCUCAAGGCAGAGAGUGCUUUUAUUAUUUUUGCACAAAAACCAACUGAAAGGAUUAACUCUUGAAAAAGUAAGGAAAUCAUUUUUUGAUCAGCUUCUCUUUUAUUUAAGCUUAAAUAAGUUAGUUGCUGGUUUAUACACAACUUUGAAUUACCAUUAAGGAGCAUCAAAUCAUGUUUCAAACUCUUUUUAAACACUAUCUUUCAAUUAUCACGGUUUUCAGUGGUGGUUUGAGCAGUGUUGUCUGCAUACCAAGUGAAUCAACAACAGAUGACAGUAUAUUACCUCUUAUCUUCAACCUGCCAGCUGAGGGUCAAAGAGCAAAAACUUCAUGGAGAGCUGGCAGAAAGCAAAUCACGUGAUGGCAAAAACCAGCCAGCACUCACUCCGUUUGUUAUGUUUCAUGACAGCACAGGUGUCAAACUCAAGGCCCGGGGGCCAAAUCUGGCCCGUGGAACAAUUAUAUCUGGCCCACAAGAUCAUACCAUAUUUGUAUUAUUAUUGGCCCACCAGUAUGAAGUCUGCAGAUUUCCUCCAGUAUAAUAUGUAAACUUUAGCACCAUUAAAUAAAAUGUCCUUAAUAAACCACGAAAAUCUGGGAAAUUCAAUAGUAAGGAAGAUUUGAUAAUUGGUCAAGAAUGUGGGGGAAAAAAUAUUUGGUGUUUUAUUUCCUUUUUUUCAAUUUUGCAUUUGUCAUUUUUAUACUUUAGAUUCUAAUUUUAGGUCUUAUUUUGACCUUUUAAACCUGAUUUCAACGUUCUCCUCAUGUAUUUGCUCUUAAAAACCAGUACUUUUCUAUUUUUAAUAUCAUGCUCUGAUCAAAAAAAUUGAAUAAAAAAUUAAAAUAUAUUUUUUUCUAUCUCAGAUUGCUUUUUAACUUAUCUUUUUUAAAUUUCCAAAUGAUUUAUAAUCAUUGCUGUUUUUGUUGCAUAUCUUUUGAAAAUUAGGUUGACAGUUUUGGUGAAAUGUUGACCCUGUUUGGCCCUCAGGUUAGACCUAAAUCCAGAUUAUGGCCCUUGCUGUGGUUGAGUUUGACACCCCUGCAUUACAGUGUGAAUAUGUCCAUCUUUUAUGUAAAUUAAACAAUUACCUGUAACUUUUUUACAAUACAGGGGUUCAGCCAUUGCCAAGAUAGUUGGCGCCAAUGCUGCUCAUAAGUCGACAUUUGACGACACCGUCAAAAUGUGGGUGUUUGAGGAGACUGUGAACGGACGCAAGCUGACUGAAAUAAUCAACACUGAGCAUGAAAAUGUGAAGUAUCUGCCCGGGCACAAACUACCUGCUAAUGUGGUAAGAAGCUGAUUGUUUCUCAACAUUUAACAGUGACUUAUUAACUUGAUUAAAAUAGCUUUACAACCGUCUUUAUCUUUUUGAAUGAAACUCUGUCUUUUCAGCUUUAUGAAUGUUGUUAAACCAGCUCUAAUGUUAAUGUGAUUACAUGUUUGUCUCUUACAUCCAUAUCUUCACCCUUUGUCCUCCACAGCUGGCUGUUCCAGACCUGGUCGAGGCAUCCAGAGAUGCAGACAUUUUGGUGUUCGUGAUCCCGCAUCAGUUCGUUGGGAAAGUGUGCGAAACCAUAAAGGGAAAGAUAAAAAGCGACGCACUUGGGAUAUCCCUUAUCAAGGUCUGACUUUGCUCUUUGCCAUAACUGUCUGAAGUUUUCCCCUUUCUGGUCAUGUUACGUAAUGUUGUAUGCCAAACUAUAUAUAUAAGCCAGUAAGACAAUGUGGUCCUUGACCUGAAUUCCAGCUUUCUACAUUCCAGUGUGAACCUGUUUGCAUAUUUUUGUUCCUCCAGGGAGUCGACGAGGGGCCAGAUGGAUUGAAGCUCAUCUCUGACGUGAUCCAGGAGAAACUUGGGAUCACUAUGAGUGUGCUGAUGGGGGCCAACAUUGCCAACGAGGUUGCUGAUGAGAAGUUUUGUGAGACCACCAUUGGUAAGUCAGAUUAAAGGCUGCAUAUUUUCCCUCAGUCUGAAUUCAGACUGUGCAGGAUGUAUGUUUUUUCCAGAUUUCUGCUCUGUCAGCAUGUGGGUGAAAGUUUAAUCUGCUAGCAGUCGCUGUGUAAAUGACAGAGUGGGCUGGUUCACUUUGACGUUUGCUUGAUGUUGACGACAUGCUUCGUGGGAUUUACAAUUAUUACACUGUGGGAAACUAAACCUGUGUUGAAAAGGAUUAAUAUUUGUUGGAUCAGGGCUGUUAAAGGUAACUUUGUUGGGCGUGAGAAUCACACUGUGAUAAAAUGAAAAAGGCUUUUAUCUAAGAGACAAAAUUCUCUUUUUUUCCAGGGUGUAAGAACAAAAACCACGGGGCUAUUCUGAAGGAACUCAUGCAGACCAACAACUUCAGGGUCACUGUAGUGGAGGAGUAUGAUGUGGUGGAAAUCUGUGGAGCCUUAAAGGUGAGCUUUGAAUGCAGAACAUGGCCUUAUGCUGCAAAUGUGAAAUUAUGUGCUGGGUCUAAUCAAGGCGGAGAAAUGAUCACAGUAAUUAAAGGGCACGGCUAAUGCAGUAAAGUACACUCGACCUCUGCAGUGUUGUCAAAUCUUUGCAACUCAAAACUUAUCUGUAAAGAUAAAGUCCCUUUCAUUAUAAAUAAGAUGAUACUUCCAAUGAAGGAUGGCUGAUGAGUCUGGAAAGUUAUCCAGUAAUUCAUUAGAAAAUGAAGCGUAGAAGGUCAGACUUUGAGUGUUAUAAAUACCCCACAGUAUCUAGUUAUCUUCUUGUAUCUGCAGUCUUGGCUCACAGUUCCCCUCUCCUCCCUCCGACAGAACAUUGUUGCAGUUGGGGCAGGUUUCUGUGACGGUCUGGGCUUCGGGGACAACACAAAAGCUGCCGUGAUCAGGUUGGGCCUGAUGGAGAUGAUUGCCUUCGCCCGCAUUUUCUGCACAGCCGGGCCCGUGUCCUCCGCAACUUUCCUGGAGAGUUGCGGCGUGGCCGACCUCAUUACAACCUGCUACGGCGGCCGCAACCGCAAAGUAGCUGAAGCUUUCGUGAAGACGGGGAAGGUAAGAGCUCAGAGUGUAAAAUGUCACUUUUAUUUUGGAGGAGAAGGAACAAAUUCAGGGUUUUUAGGUCUGAAGAAGAUGUCUCAGCACUGCUCUUGAUUGGGGAAAACUUGGGGAGUUGAAAGAGAUGGUUAAGUUUUAUAAUAUUAGGGCUGGCUCCCAUACUCUUCCCUCUCCAAGACUAUUACUCCUAAAAAAAAUAAAGAUAUAUAUAUAAGUGUAAAAUCUAAUGUAGUGUAAAAGCUAAUGACAGACGGGUAAUGUCAGCUUGUUUUAUAUUCAUCAAAUGUGAAAUGUGCCACAACUGUGUUGUAUAUUUAAUGGACCCUCCAGAAAAACAUGGGCAAAAAUCCUUGAUUAUGCGACUAAAUAUGCGGGGUUUUUAUGCCUUUUUAUGCCAUUUUAUGCGGGAAACUUGCGGAAAGUUGUAAAGUAUGCGAAUAGUUGUUAAAUAUGCGAAAAAGAUGCGAAAUAUGCGAAAAAUGCAAUAUAUGCAAGAAUGAGGAAAAAAGAUUCCUCUUCUCCCAAAUCCUGUUACUACGCUACCACUGAAUGAAAAGGAGCAAUUUAAUACUAGAUGCAAGACACAUCACAGUAAGUGCUGGUUAUGUUUAAAUUGUUAUCAACUUACAACUAUUUUGGUUAAAGUUUUCUCAUUUUAAUGCAGAAAUUGUGAAAUCAAACGGGACCCGGGGAAAUAUGCGGCCUUUUGGGAAAUAUUCGAUUCCAGCAUAAUCAGCAACAGUUUGGUGAUUUAUGUGGGAAUUCAUGCGAUCCCAUAAUCGCGUUUUUCUGGAGGGUCUAAUUUAAAGUGGGAUAUCCUUUCUAUUUUUGUCUGACCCAUGUCCUCUCUGUCUCAGUCCAUUGAAGAGCUGGAGAAAGAGAUGCUGAACGGCCAGAAGCUGCAGGGACCAGCAACAGCAGCUGAGGUCUAUCUCAUCCUUAAGCACAAAAACCUAAUCGACAAGUAAGUAAAGCGGCAACACGGCACAGGAAGCUAGUUCUACGUGCUCUGGCUACAAAAGACAUCAAACAGAGCAUUGUCUUUGUACUGAACAAUACCUCCUCUUCCUCCAGGUUCCCACUGUUCAAUGCAGUGUAUCAGAUCUGCUAUCAGGGCCACCCAGUCACAGAGUUCAUAAGCUGUUUGCAGAAUCAUCCAGAGCACAUGUAACUCCUGCAAACAACCCGUGUGCCUUCUAACUGAGGAACAUAAAAUCAUAAAUCACCCUGUUACCUGUCAGAAAUAGAUCGGGGGAUGACCAGUCACUCCACAGCUGUCAUGCAAACUGAAAAGGCUCCAGCCAGCAAGUGGACAGGUUGCAUAACAUUUGUGUUUUGUUAAACUCUAGUUAACCUCUGUCCUCUAACAUCCAGUUUCUGGCAUCAUUCAAGUGCUUUCUGUUGUUUCCUAACAUAAAUUAAAACUUGAAGGUUGAUUGUCAGGAGGAUUCGGUUCUCCUGUGACGGUAGGAAGCGUUUUUUGCCUUGACUUUCUUUGUUUUUGAUGAAAUCAGAGUGCAUGGUGUUACUUUGCACACAGCCGCCAAACUGAAAACACUACAGAAAUCCAAGCUGGACUUUUGAUAAAUCUUUGAAACGGUUGAUUCUGUUGAUCUAAACUUUCCUGCUGUUCAGUUUGAACGUUUUUACGGCUCUACAUCAUGCAUUCAGAUUUCUGUAGGUUCAACCACUCAGGGCAAAGAACUGUAGAGAGCCUUCUGUCGAGGGAAUUAUUAAUAACUAACAUUUACAUUGCCGUCCAUUUAAUGCCUGUUUGUAAACACCAGUCGUUUUAAUUUAGAGUAAUACCUCAGUUUUGAUGUCUUUGUAUGAUCAUAAGUGUCUUACAUGAUUCCCUAAGAUGUUUCCUGUCUUGUACUGUAUAUUAACAAAAUGUCUAACGCACAGCAACUGUUUUUAACAUGAGAAAUGCAAGUGCCUUAGUACGCACGGUUGCUAACACUUGGCCAUCAUUCAUGUUUGUUUUGGGGGGGUUCAAACCAAAGACUUGACUACUUAAUGUCCGUCCAGUAUGCCAUUUGUUUUCGUGAUCUUGCCUGACCCUGUCUCCUUCUACGUUACAGCUAAUGUGUGUUUGAACAAUGUGAACAUUUGUCUGUGAAUAAAUUAAUUACUCAUCAAUCAUCGCUCAGCCUGUUUUUCACCCUUAGAGAGCAAUUUCUAAUGUUUACACUGGAUUUCUUGAAAAAGUGUCACCUCGUAUUGUUGCAGUGUGUAUUACUACUUAAAAAAACGAACACCAAAUCAUGAUGAGCUAGAGUAUGAUGUACCGAGUAGUGAUUCUGAUUUUGUAGCGAGAUAGAUAGAGCUGUAGUUCUCUCUCUGUAUUAUGACAACACUGCCAUCUAUUGGAAAUGAAAGGUAACUGAACAGCAAUUCAGGGUCUGCACAGUUGAAGAGCGGAUUUCAAGGGUGCGGAACGUCAUCAUGCGGCGCUAAGGGUGUCCCAUUUGGCUUACAAGUCUGAGAAUGCUUAAAAUGCGGUCCCAAAACCAGCCUGCCCCCGCCCCUUUUUCAAGCGUGUAUUUAUGUACACUUAGUGGCCCUUUUUACGGGUGAGAUGUCAGACUCACCUGGAUGCUUUUAGGUCAGGGAAGAAGGGAGCCUUUUGGAAACCUAGACCUGUGUGUGUGGCUAAGAGGGUGAAAAGAUUGAUUUAAACUCCUCAAGUUCAAGGUUCCAACCCUUAUCCAGGUCCUGGUGAGUCCUGUGUCUAGAGAGGAGAGUCAAAACCUUCAACAAACAUGAUACCUCUGAGUCCAUGUGUCUCAGAAGUCAAGGAGGCUGGCUGGAGAUGAAGAGAUGCGGUACUAUCUCACUACAUAAUAGAGGGUGUGUGUGGGGUAAAAGGCAAGGCGUGCGUCCGGACACUCAGCGCCAACUAAACAAGAGGGACUCAGACAUCAACAUCUCAUUCAUCAAUAAGAAAUUCUGAUAGAGUUGGAUUGCUUGAUUAAACGGGUUGCCUUGAAGGAAUACGGCUCUCUGAAUUCAUAAUAUUUAAUCUAGUGACCCCCCAUGGAGAACAUCUGAGGAGGACUCUUCAGCAUCCCCAUCCACAGGAAAGCAUGAGGACACACACAAGACGAAGAUUUCUUGUCUUUUGAUAUGACUAGUGGUCAAAGUACAGUAAAAAAAGGACCAUAGUAAUGUGUUUGAUGGUUGAGCUUUUUUUUCCAUAUUUCUCCAUUAGGUUGCACAGAAUGUUAAUCUAUUGUUAAGAAAUGUUCACGUCAUUUUUAUUCCUCGUCCGGAUCUUGUUCUUUAAUAAAUGUCCUAUUUGGUUCCCAAA